CUUGUGCAAAAGUUCCAUCUGUCAAAAGAGUAGUUGUAACAUCAUCUAUGGCUUCAGUUGUAUUCAAUGGGAAACCUCUAGCUCCUGAUGUGCUAGUUGAUGAGAGUUGGUUUUCAGAUCCAGUUUUCUCUAUGGUAUAUGCUUUCAAAGACAUUAGCUGAGGAGGCUGCUUGGAAGUUUGCAAAAGAGAAUGGGAUUGACAUGGUUACAAUAAAUCCAGGGUGGGUGAUUGGCCCUCUCUUACAGCCUACUCUUAAUCUAAGUGUGGAGGAAGUUCUGAAGCUACUAAAAGGAGAUACAUUUCCCAAUAAAACACAUCGAUGGGUUGAUGUUAGAGAUGUUGCCAUGGCACAUAUUCAAGCAUAUGAGCUUCCAACGGCUAGAGGCAGAUACUGUUUAGUAGGGAGCAUUUUACACUGUUCUGAGACAAUGAAGAUUUUACGCAAGCUCUACCCUGCUUUAAACCUACCUGAGAAAUGUGCAGACGACAAGCCUUAUGAACCAACCUAUAUGGUGUCCCAGGAGAAAACUAAAAGUUUGGGCAUCGACUUCACUCCUCUGGAGAUGAGUGGAGAAGGAAAGGUGGUUUCCGUGACCGGAGCUUCUGGGUUUAUAGCUUCAUGGCUGGUGAAGCUCCUGCUCCAACACCGUUACACUGUCAAAGCAACCGUUCAAGACCCAAAUGAUCCAAAGAAGACACAGCACUUGCUUUCACUCGAUGGAGCUCAGGAAAGGCUUCAUUUAUUCAAAGCAGACUUAUUGGAAGAAGGGUCUUUUGAUUCUGUAGUUGAUGGAUGUGAUGGUGUUUUUCAUACUGCAUCCCCUGUUGCAUUGGAAGCCAUUAACCCCCAGGCAGAAUUGAUUGACCCUGCAUUGAAGGGAACCAUCAAUGUCCUAAGGUCCUGUUCAAAAGUUCCGUCUGUCAAAAGAGUGGUUGUAACAUCGUCUUUGGCUUCAGUUUUAUUCACUGGAGAACCUCUGACUCCUGAGGUGCUAAUUGAUGAGAGUUGGUUUUCAGAUCCAGUUUUAUGCAAGGAAUCAAAGCAAUGGUAUGUGCUUUCAAAGACCUUAGCUGAGGAGGCUGCUUGGAACUUUUCAAAGGAGAAUGGGAUUGACAUGGUCACGUUAAAUCCAGGAUGGGUGAUUGGUCCUCUCUUACAGCCCACUCUUAAUCUAAGUGCAGAGCAAGUUUUGAACCUCAUAAAUGGAGCUCAAACAUUUCCCAAUAUAUCAUCCUGGUGGGUUGAUGUUAGAGAUGUUGCCAAUGCACACAUUCAAGCAUAUGAGAUCCCAGAAGCUAGUGGAAGAUACUGCUUAGUAGAGAGGGAUUUACACAAUUCUGAGAUACUGAAGAUUUUGCGCAAGCUCUACCCUGGAUUACCUCUACCUGAAAAAUGCGCAGAUGACAAACCUUAUGCACCAUCCUCCCGGGUAUCCCAAGAGAAAGCAAAGAGUUUAGGCAUUCACUUCACUCCUCUAGAGGUGAGCCUGAAGGAUACAGUUGAAAGCUUGAAGGAGAAGAACUUUGUCAGUUUCUGACUCAUGGUGCUUUCCUGCUAAUUUUAUUGUUAUGAACCUCAUUGAACAUCAGAUUAAUGAGAUGAACAAGGU